CGUUCCCACAGCAGCAUGGCACACUUCCUCAAGCCGACGACGCUCGUGACGGCCGCUGGCGCCGCCAAGGAGCCCGUCGCCAAGACCCUCGCGCUCUACUUCGCCGCCGACUGGUGCCCGGACUGCCGCGACUUCCAGCCGACGCUCAACGAAUUCUACCGCCAGGUGAACGCGACGUCGCAUGAGCUCGACAUUGUGUUUGUCGGUUCGGACGCGACGGAGGCCGACCAGCUGGCGCACUUUCGCGAAAAGCAUGGCCCGUGGCUCAUGAUCCCGUUCGCCGACCCGCUGCGCGACGAGCUCAAGCGCAAGUAUGGCGUGUGCGCUGGCAAGGAAAAGGAGGCCGUUGGCGUUACCGAUCGCGUCGGCGGCAUCCCGAGUCUUGUGGUCGUGUCGCCCAACGGCGACGUUAUCGACCUCCAUGGCGCCGACAAGGUCUCCGCUGACGGCGCUGCAGCCCUCCAAGCGUGGCUCUAAGACGAUGUUUUAUCGUAACGCAAUCCAGCCAUUUUGUCAUCGCA